AUGACGUUAGAUUUUAACAUGGUUCUCUGGCUGCUGCCUGAUUUGCAUAAUACUGAUCUUCAUCUGGCUGUCAACUGUAUAUUUCAUGACUGUCAGGCCCCUGGGGUCAGAGUCACCAAAGUGGAUUGGCAGCCGAUGAGAAAUGGCACUGCCCACAGAACCCAGGAAUACUCUUGCCACGAGCUGGUGGUUCGCAGAGGCCAGCUGUUCAGCAUCAGGCUGCAUCUCACUGGAGUCCUGGACAGAGAAGAGACCCUCACCCUCACUGUGCAGACAGGGUCUCAGGCUUCCGAGGCUCUCCACACCAAAGCUGUGUUCCAGACAGCGGAUCUGGAGGUUGGUGAUGCCUGGACAGCAGCAAAGGAGGCACAGACAGGGAACACCGUGACUGUCAGCCUCGCCAGUCCUCCAGAUGCUGUCAUUGGCCGAUACCUACUGAGUGCCCGGGCUUCCUCCCGCCGCAAACACAGCGACCGGAAGCUGGGCGAGUUUGUUCUUCUUUUCAAUCCAUGGUGCCCAGAGGACGAUGUAUUUCUGGCCUCAGAGGAGGAGAGACAGGAGUACGUGCUCAAUGACAAUGGCAUCAUCUUCCGCGGCGUGGAGAAGCACAUCCGAGCCCAGGGCUGGAACUACGGGCAGUUUGAGGAGGACAUCCUGAACAUCUGCCUCUCCAUCCUGGACCGAAGCCCCAGUCACCAAGAAGACCCAGCCACCGAUGUGUCCUGCCGUCAUAACCCUGUCUAUGUCUCCAGAGUCAUCAGUGCCAUGGUGAACAGCAACAAUGACCGGGGCGUGGUGCAAGGCCAGUGGCAGGGCAAAUACGGCGGUGGCACCAGCCCGCUGCACUGGAGAGGCAGUGUGGCCAUUCUGCAGAAGUGGUUCAGGGGCAAGUACAAGCCAGUCAAAUACGGCCAGUGCUGGGUCUUCGCAGGAGUGAUGUGCACAGUCCUCAGGUGCCUGGGGAUCCCCACACGGGUGGUGUCCAACUUCAACUCAGCCCACGACACCGACAGGAACCUGAGUGUGGACAAAUAUGUAGACUCCUUUGGGCGGACCCUGGAGGACUUGACAGAAGACAGCAUGUGGAAUUUCCAUGUCUGGAAUGAGAGUUGGUUUACCCGGCAGGAUCUGGGCCCCUCGUACGAUGGCUGGCAGGUUCUGGAUGCUACACCUCAGGAGGAGAGCGAAGGUAGGUUCCAGUGUGGCCCAGCCUCGGUCACAGCCAUCCGCGAGGGUGACAUACAUUUGGCCCAUGAUGGCCCCUUCGUGUUCUCGGAGGUCAAUGCUGACUACAUCACCUGGCUGUGGCACAAGGAUGAGAGCCAGGAGCGUGUGUACUCGGACACAAAGAAGAUUGGGAGAUCCAUCAGCACCAAGGCAGUAGGCAGUGAUUCCCGCGUGGACAUCACCAACCUCUACAAGUACCCAGAAGGGUCUCAGAAGGAGAGGCAGGUGUACCGCAAGGCCAUGAAGAAGCUGCUCAGUGUGGAAGCCUGGGGGAAGAGGUCGCGGAUGCAAAGGGCCAGCAGGCGCAGCCUCCAGCGUGACAACCUCCUGGAACCCCCCGCCAAGCCCAGCAUCACUGGCAAGUUCAAGGUGCUGGAGCCACCAGUGCUGGGCCAUGAUUUGAAGCUGGCUCUGAGCUUGGCCAACCUCACCUCUCAGGCCCUGCAGGUCCAGGUCAAUCUGAGCGGUGCCACCAUUCUCUACACCCGCAGGCCAGUGGCAGAAAUCCUGCAUGAGUCCCAUACAGUGAGGCUGGACCCACAAGAAGAAAAGAAAAUCCCAAUCACAAUAUCUUACUCUCAGUACAAAAAGGACCUGACUGAGGACAAGAAGAUCCUAUUGGCUGCCAUGUGCCUUGUCUCCAAAGGAGAGAAGCUCCUGGUGGAGAAGGACGUUACUCUGGACGACUUUAUCAUCAUCAAGGUGCUGGGCCCAGCCACAGUGGGAGUGGCAGUCGCUGUGGAAGUGACCAUCAUCAACCCCCUCUCAGAAAGAGUGAAGGAUUGUGUGCUGAUGGUGGAAGGAAGUGGCCUUCUCCAAGGACAGCUCAGCAUUGAUGUACCCACUCUGCAGCCCCAGGAGAGGGCCUUGGUCCAGUUCACCAUCACCCCGUCCAGGAGUGGCCCACGGCAGCUGCAGGUGGACCUCGUCAGCCCCCACUUCCCAGACAUCAAGGGUUUUCUGAUCAUCCGUGUGGCCAUAGCCAAGUGA